AUGGGUAACAAUCAAGUGUUUGCCGUGACAGUGUUCUUCAUUAUCUUCCGAGAAUGUCUCGAGACGACGGUGGUUGUAUCCGUUCUCCUGGCAUUUCUCAGACAAACGCUGGGUGAAGGAGAAGAUCGAACGAUAUAUAAACGGCUAGUCAAACAAGUAUGGUGGGGAUGUGGCCUGGGUUUAUUUCUCUGUCUUGCGAUCGGCUGUGGCAUGAUCGGAGCCUUCUAUGGAUUAGGAACAGACACCUUCUCCAGCACAGAAGAUAUCUGGGAGGGUGUUCUGGGUAUUCUUGCAUCCUUGAUCAUUACGAUCAUGGGUGUAGCCCUUCUGCGCGUCUCCAAGCUUCAAGACAAAUGGCGCGUUAAGCUCUCGAAAGCUUUAGCACAUGAGCAAGCUCCCAAUGAAUCGCGCAAAGGGCGCAUGAAGCGAUGGAUGGAGAAAUACGUGAUGUUCUUCCUUCCCUUUAUCACGGUUUUGCGUGAAGGCUUGGAAGCAGUUGUUUAUGUUGGUGGAGUUGGUCUUGGACUUCCCGCUUCAUCAUUCCCUCUGGCCGUCUUUUGCGGUCUUCUCGCCGGAUGCGCAGUUGGAUAUCUGAUCUACAAGGGUGGGCGCGAAACAUCCAUGCAGAUCUUCUUGAUCAUCUCGACUUGCUUUCUCUACCUUGUCGCCGCUGGACUAUUUUCUCGCGGAAUCUGGUACUUUCAGAACAACGCUUGGAACAAUAUCAUCGGUGGUGAUGCUUCUGAAACUGGCUCUGGGCCUGGCUCUUACGAUAUUGAUCAGAGUAUUUGGCACGUCAAUUGCUGCAAUCCAGAGCUCAACGGUGGCGGCGGAUGGGGCAUUUUCAACGCGUUACUCGGCUGGACUAACUCGGCUACGUAUGGCUCAGUCAUUGGCUACAAUUUAUACUGGCUCUGCGUCAUGGUUGCUUAUGCCAUGAUGUAUUACAGCGAGCGAUAUGGUCCCAUCCCAUACGUUGACCCCGCAAUGCGAAAGCUCGGUAGCAUGAAGGGUCGAACAAAGGCUUUCGUGCUCCGCCAGCAAUAUGAAGAAGAUGAAUCUGAGGCUUCUACUAUUCAAGUUGAGGCUAGUGGUGGAAUCCAGCAUAACCUUGUUGCCGAUGAGAAGAAUGCAGGGGGGUUCGUCUACUCUGAUGCAACGCACUGA